GGGUAAAGAUGGAUCAGUACCAUAAUCACAUUUAUGUAUCAUUACUCCUUCAUGUUCUUGAAGAACCGGAGAGCGCAGAAAAUUCAGGAAAUUUGCGCAUGGGAUUGCUACAACGUGAGCAUCGCAAAGGAGGUAAAUAUUUGGAGACUCAUAAGGAAUUACGAAAGAUGAAGCUUCACGUUGCUGCAGAACAACGUAGCGGAACGCCCGUUUACAAUCCAAUUCUGGCGCGAAUUGAACAUUCCAAAACAAUAUUACGAACUUCGCAGGAUGCAAGUUUGCUGAUGGAAGCUGUUAUUGAUGCGAUUGUUGACUUAGCUCUUCCGAUAAUUGAUUCUUAUCAACAACAAAUUGCGGAAUUAGAGGGGGAACUGUUGAUUCAACCAAAGAUGGACUACAUGCGCGAACUUCACAUGAUCUCCGGAGAAUUGGCGCUACUUAAAAAGACCUUAGCGCCCGUCAAAGGGCUCGUGUCCGUUUUAAUAAAGCUCAACGGAAAAACUCACAUAACGGAGUUGGCCAAAACCUAUUUCGCUGAUGUUUCGGAUCAUUGUAUUGAUAUUGUAGAUAAUUUAGAGGCGAUGCUCAAGGUCACCGAAAAUUUGGUGAACUUG